AAUGAGAAGGGGAACCAGAAACAUUGGUUGAAACAGGUGCCAUCUCCUCCUGAAAGUACUGAUCUGGGCCAGAAAAAGUGCAGGGGAACCGUUAUCUAAAAAACGACAUGAAAAGAACAUUAUGGCUGCAAAGUCAAGCUAAGGAGAGCCAGAACUGACAUUGCCCAUGCAAGUUUAACUUGUCCCCUUUGUGAAUAUGCAGCAUGAGACAAUAUUUCUCCCUACAGGCCCCCUGCCUCAUUCAGUGCACAGGAUGCUCAUGGGCUCACUGAAGGGGUACCUAUUCACUAUUUUUAUCUUCAUUCAGUGUGGCCGCCCAUGCAAUAUUUACUGUACAGCAUCCAAAUCCUGCACAGAGUGUUGAAUUGCUCAUUUCCCCUGGCCUCGUCUUUGCUGCUCAUCACAAAACCUCUUAAAUUCACUAGGAAGCACUAUCGUCACAAUGCCCCUGUGAGGUGGCUUUAUCCCAACAUUGCCAAUUCUUGCAACCUUCUUUCACGAGUGAUAGAAUUUUGGCUGGGGUGAGAAGCCUGUAUCUCUGGGCAAAGCACCAGCCCACAAGUAAAUAUGAGCCUUAAGUGUAUGUGUGUGGGGGGGACCUCCUGGAUUGGCUGCCUGCCUCAUUUGCCUGCCUCCUCCUGGGGCAGAGCAACAGAUCAGAGCUUCUGUAGGAAGAACUCUGUCUCCAUCCCCCCUCUGCCCCUGCCCAUCUCCCUCAGACAAAAGCCCUCUCAAGAGGGAUGGGGGUGUGAAUGGAAAGAAUCAGCUGCUCGGGUGCUCCGCCCCCUCUUCCCCUACCUUCCUAUGAGUAAUGGGCUGGCUCCUCUCCUGCCCCCUUUUAGGCUAAGUGUUGCAAAGGGGCGGGGGGAGCCCUGGGAGAUGCCCAUCCCAGCAUGGAAGUGGGGGAGGGGACCCUGCUGCAUCCCCCCUAGCCCUGGGAGAGGUGGGUGAAGAGCUCCAGGAGGAGCAGAGGUGAGGGUGGGGGACUGGAUUAUUUUGGAGAUUGGGGGACAAAAUUAAUUGCUGAUCUGGGGUCGAGAAUACUUGCAUCAGGGGCUUAAAUAGCUUUGCCCAGUAAAUUCAGGUGAGUGGGCAACACUAAUUGUCAUUCAAAUAGUGAAGGUGGGCAGAGGAGAGUUAACCAGCAAAAGGCAGAUAAAAAAGGUAUGUUUCGGGGGAGGUCCAACUCAUGAUUUUUGAUCCCUUGAGGUUGGCUAUACUGUUACCCCCAUUAUACAUACAGGGAACUGAGGCAGAGACAGUAAGCCCAGCUUGAGAAGUGCUCAGCUUGAGAAGCCAGGGGCCUGACUUGUUCCUUUUUAUAGGACAUAGCGUUUUCUAGCACUCUGCGUGUGCAGAGUAGACCUCCAACCCCUUGGACCACAGGGGCAGUUGAGUGUUCAGUCUUACAGCAAAUCAGACCCCAAACUGGGUCCUUGGGAAAAGGAGGAGCACUUUAAGUGACUUGCCCAGCAUCACCUAGGAACUCUGUGGCAGAAGCAGAGAGAAUCAAGUUCUCCAGGCUGGAUUUAAAUUGGCUUAACCGUGAGACCCUCCCUUCUUCUUGCAGUCUCUGGCCUCACUCACUAGCCACCUACUGUAUGCAACAAAUGAGGCAGGAAAUCCUGUGGCAGGGUGGGGAAUAGUACUUGAUGAUGUAAUUAAAGACGGUAUCAUAAUGGAUAUAUAGGCAAAGGGGUUGAAUUAAGAUUGCAGAAGUAAAUUCUGGUACUUCCUAAUUCCUGAGUGCUUGACUUGGCGACUUUAAUAAUCCUAAUGCUGUUGGGGGGAGGGAGCGUGUGUGUGUAUAAUUUGCUAGCAUUUUUAAAAGGAAAUUCCAGCAUGUGGACUAUACUAACCUCCCCAUGGGUCACCAGCACAAUUAUAGAUAGCUCUAGCCACAGCCCAGACCAGCACCACUUGAUCUGAGUAACUUGCAGCAAUAGCAGGCUGUUAUCCAUGUCCUGCCAGUAGAGUGGGAUGGGAACUCUGCUUUCAGUAGAUCUCACAGCUAUUUCAUAGACAGCAAAAGAAGGUUGAGACUUGGAAUCCUGGGUUCUAGACCAGAUUGUGGAGGGGAGUGUUCUCUAGUGGUUAUGGACCCAUCUGCCCCAUGCCCUUUUACCACCAUUCCCUGCUCCUCACUGUUCUGUAUUCAAGUCAGGCAGCUUCCUCCUUCUCCCACACCCUGCCUGGUUGCUAGCAGCAGGAGCAUUGAGAGGAAGAAAAGCGACGGUGCUCUCAGUUUCAGGACCUGGCAGCAGAUUGAGGAACAGUCCUUUUCAGCCUCUGUCCCCUCGAGAUGGAGCAUGCACAAUGCAGAUGGAACUUCGGAGAAUUUAGUUGCCACACUCAAACCUCCACUGAGCACGUGCAAACUGCAAGUUCUCAGAGGCUUAACUGAAUUCAGUCUGAGUGAAUUUUUACAGGAUCAGCAGAAAGCACAUCCCUGACACUAGGUGUAAUGGGUGCAAAAUGCUUUAUAUCCUGGGCAAAUCACAUUUUUCCCUAAUGUUCUCUGAAAUGGCUACACUGUUUUAGGUGACUUUUUCCACACAACUUUACCUGUUUGGGCUGAAAAUUCCCAUGCGGAGGGCCUGCCUCAGGAUGAAGCUUUCAAAGAUAAAAGCCACUUGAAACAAGGUCUUUAUCAUGGGAAGUGUCGGGCAACCUUAUCUAUAGGCAUCACUACCAGCUCUGCAUACAAUACAGGCUACUACCAAACACAUACAUGGUGGUAAAAUGGGUGCCAGGGUAGGUGGCUUUCAGGCUGAAAUCAGGAAGGCAAAUGCUUAGAGGUAUGAAGUUGAAGGGAUAGUUUGUGUAGGACCAAGCUCUAGGAAACAGCUAACAUCCUGGCGAAAGGGGUGCAGUGUCUGUCUGGAGUAGAUAUUUCUAGGACGCUUAUCACAGUGCUCAGGGCCAAAAUCAAAAUAGCAUCACUAUCUCCCAGCCAUAGGAGCUCUCACUACUAUGUUGUAAACAACUGCUUGCUUCUGGGUACCGGGCAGGCUUCUGCAAAAAGGUGCAUCUUGAAAUGUGCUCUGAACUCACCCAGGCUUGGUCUUCACGUCUCUCCAUUGGAGUCCCUCUGCUGGGAGUGCCUCAUUUUUCAUUGCAGAGUGCUUCACCCAGGGCACUGCUGGCUGCCUUGCCCAGAGGAGCGCAACUGUUACAAUGGGUCAUGAAAAAAUGUAAGGCGUUGUGGUGGGGUGUCCACUCCACGCAGGAGUGGAUGGAGUUAAGGUUGCUAGGUAGGUUGACUCCACAGGAUGUACCUGGAGGAAGAGCCAGGGAGCAGGUAAUUGAUGGCAAGCAGGUUCACUCAGGGAGGAACAGGAAGGGUCUAUAAAGCCAGGAAGCUGGGAACAGAUAGGAGCAGCUGCUGGGAAGGGACAGUCACUCCCUGGGGAAAGGGAGGAGGGUUUGGAGCUGGUGCGCCCAGGGAAAGGGGUGGAGGAACCCGGUGUGGGAGGAAGCAGUCCAGGGAAAUAGCAGUGAGGGCUGGGAGAGUAAAGCCCAGCACUGCUGGGUUGAGGGUCCCUGGACUGGAAUCCAGAGUAGAGGGCGGGCCUGGCUCCCCUACCAACCACUGAAGGAGUGGCACCUGAGGCAGCGAAUGGGAAGACUGCCUAGGACUACUGGGGGAAAGACUUUGAUAUACCCCAGAAGUGGGGAACGCUGAGUGCCCGGGCCAGAGGGCUGAGUCAUGGAGAGAAUGCUGCAGUUCCUGGAGUGACAGAGGGGCUGCAGACCAGAAAGAUGCAGUGGCAGCAUGCAACUGUGAGAAGGGGCAUUGACCUCACGGAGCUAAUACCCAGAGUGACCAGGAGGAGGUGCCAGACAAGUGAAUGAAAUAUGCACAGUAUGUCUUCCUGGCAACACUCCUCUCCGGUAUUGAACACUGCCUGGCUCAAAGUUGUACAGUGGAUUCUUUCUCUGUGAAAGACAACUUCGACCCAAAGAGGUAUGCAGGGAAAUGGUAUGCCCUAGCAAAGAAGGACCCAGAAGGCCUCUUCCUUCAGGAUAACAUCUCUGCUGAAUACACCAUCGAGGAGGAUGGCACAAUGAUUGCAUCUUCCAAAGGCAGAGUGAAGCUUUUUGGAUUCUGGGUGAUCUGUGCUGAUAUGGCUGCUCAGUACACAGUCCCGGAUCCCACCACUCCAGCGAAGAUGUACAUGAGUUACCAAGGUCUGGCUAGCUACUUGUCCAGUGGAGGGGACAACUACUGGGUGAUUGACACCGAUUAUGACAACUAUGCCAUUACUUAUGCCUGCCGCAGCCUGAAAGAGGAUGGCACUUGUGAUGAUGGAUACUCCCUUAUCUUCUCACGCAAUCCUCGUGGGCUCCCACCAGCCAUCCAGCGCAUUGUGCGUCAGAAGCAGGAAGAGAUUUGCAUGUCUGGUCAGUUCCAGCCAGUGCUGCAGACAGACUCUCUCCAGUUUGUCCACAUCUCUCCUAACGUAUGGUGCCCCAAACCAGACACAGUCCUCCAGCUGAGGCCUCACCAGUGCAGGACCACCUUUGACUUGCAUUCAGGAACUGAUGUAUUAAGUGGACGCACAGAAAAUGGAAAGCCAAACAGAAACUAUCAAGAUGGAUAUUGGCCCUUCUCUGUCAUUUCCAAUGGAAAGAAAGGUUCACAUCCAGAUAAGCAGGAGACAGCUCAUCAAAACCAAACUGAGGAAGAGCUGUUUCUGCACCACUAAGAGACUGAAGAACGUACUCAUGGACUUCUUCCCUGUGUUUCAAUGGCUUCCCAAGUACCACUGCAGAGAAUACAUAUGGGGGGACGUU